AUUGCCACCGCCUUUGACGGCCCGAUCAAAGAUACGUGGCUUGGUAGCAGUGAUAUGUACGUACAUACUCACCGUUGGAGGGUUGGCUUUUGUUGGCUUGGGCUGUUUGAGUGGUACGGGCCGAGUGUAUAUCUAUAUACCCUUCCUCCAUCGACACAACUUUUCCAACAAAAACUUGCUUGAACCACCUCACUCUGCUGCUGCAAUCAGCCUUAACUCUGGUCAGAUCCUUUAUAUGCCAAUAUAGCCCUUCAGUAUAGUCAUCACUGCAGUCGGCCGAUUCUAACCUACGUCUUUUGAUCGUUACAAGUUAUUCAGACUAGCAACCUAAUCGCCGAAAAUGAAAUUGUUAUCGAUUGUAGGCGCUCUGACCACUUUCGCUUGUCUUUUUGAGGGUUUGAGUGCAGCGCCAGUCAACCUAAUUGGUGGAGGCUAUGAAUCUAAUGGCAAAAUCAAGGCCCUUCAGAACAGUGGGGGAAAAACGGUCCUCGUGAAACCGAAGAAACCGCUGCCGUCUUAUACGACCGAGUUCUACGGGGGAUCAGGGAUGUAUAGCGAAAUGUUCAAUUAGAUCCCUGGAAUUGUCUUACAUACCCGUCAUCUUGCGCCUCUUUUCGCUUUGUGGAUUGCACCCAUCACUGCCCACUUCCUCCAUCAAAACUGCUACGCAGAUUUUAUUUACUUACUUAAACCUCUACAAUCUAUCAUAAAUUUUUAUCCUUCCUCAAAAACUCCUGUGGUAGUUACAUUAUUAACGUUAUUUCUCCUAUUACACUCCAUCACUCUUCCUAUCUCCUAUCUCCUCGAAUGAGGAUUUAUCCGCUUCGAUAUUUUAUCAAAUUGAUUGAACUCUUUCUUUUAUGAACACCUUUACAAUCCAUACCGUUACUCUUCUAGCUUGACGCAAGCCCCUCGUUUCGUCGACCCCUGG